GAUUCCCUCCCCUGAUGAAAGUCAAAAAAAUUAGUAAAAAAAGUGUUAACUCAUUUUAACAUUUUUAAAAGACAAAAAACAAACAAACAAUGCAUUCAUUUCACACAUCACAUUACUCUCUGUUUCCUAACUUUUCCCUAAUCUCCUCUUUAAAUUCUUGCCCCCAUACGCAAUCUUCAGGACUAAACUCACCCUCUCUAAUUUCUCCACUUUUUUUUUCUUUCUAAUUUCAUGCUAUAUAUGUUUUGCACUUGUAAGUUGUCAUCUCUGUCUGGUUUGGUGAUGUUUCUUGAACUGUAAAGUUCGCAUUUUUCGUUGAUUUUGAGGUGUUAAGAAGGUAAUUCAGGGGUUGUUCUCUUGUGGGCAUCUCUUGGUUAGAUCCAUGGAUUAUCUUUUAUGUUCUGAGAGUGUUUUUGAGAUUCGGUUUUACUGGGAAUUUAAGUUGAAGUCUUCAAAUUGGAAUUCUCUACUGUUUAUUUAGUUGAAUUGUGUUGUUGGUUUUAUUUUAUCUCCAGCUUCUAAUGUAAAUUUUCCGGGGUUUGGUUAUUUGAUACAUAUGAAUGCUAAAAUAAGAGAAAAGUCUCAUCAUUUGUAUGAGUCAGUGGUGUCAGAUAUGAAGGCAGCUGGGAAAAAGAGUUUGGAAUGGGAUUUGAAUGACUGGAAAUGGGAUGGGGAUCUUUUUAUUGCUACUCCAUUGAAUUCUGUACCAUCAGAUUGUAGGAGUAGACAGUUGUUUCCUAUUGGACCUGAAUUUCCUUCUGCCAAGGAUAAUAAUUUACUAGGAGAUGAGAAAGGGAAGAGAGAAUUGGAAAAGAGGAGGAGGGCUGUGAUUGUUGAAGAUGAAGAGUUGCCUUCUGACCAGGCUGGGUCCCUUAAAUUGAAGCUUGGUGGUCAAGCUUAUCCAAUUAUGGAUGAAGAUGUCAAAUGUGGGAAGAAGACAAAGUUUAUUGGGAAUGGUUCAACUCCUGCUGUUUGUCAGGUGGAGGAUUGUAGGGCUGAUCUCAGUAAUGCCAAGGAUUAUCACCGACGGCAUAAGGUUUGUGACACGCAUUCCAAGGCGAGUCGAGUGUUGGUGGGGAAGGCUAUGCAGCGGUUUUGCCAGCAAUGUAGUAGGUUUCAUCUUCUUCAAGAGUUUGAUGAAGGGAAAAGAAGCUGUCGUAGGCGUUUGGCUGGCCACAACAAAAGGAGGAGGAAGACACAUCCUGAAAAUUUAGCAAAUGGAGGUUCCUUAAAUGAUGAAAAGGGUAGUAGCUAUCUGUUGAUAAGUCUUCUAAGGAUCCUUUCCAAUUUGCAUACAAACAGCUCCGAUCAAGAAAAGGACCAGGAUCUGCUUUCUCAUCUAUUAAGGAAUCUGGCCAAUAUUGCUGGUACAUCUAGUGGAGGGAGCAUAUCUGAUUUACUGCAAGGGUCUCAAGCUUUGGUAAAUGCUGGGACAACUGCUGGGACUCUUAAAAAGGGGCCAGACACGAUUUCAAGCGUUUGUAAAUUUUCUGAGCCUUCUACAUCAGCUAUUAGAAAAGAUGCCUGUGCUGGUUCUGUAGACACUAUGAGGCCUUUGGACCAAAAUGGGGCCGUACCUAUUGCUAAUUCGGCACAGGAAAAUGCCCAGGAUGCAAUACUGCAAACUCCAUCCGGUUCACAGUCUACAGCAUUGAAACCAUCAAAAUGCAACCUUCUAGCCAAAAUAAAUGAAUCAGAGGCUGCCAUUCAAAGGAUAAAGUGCACCAAUAUUGACUUGAAUAAUGCAUAUGACGGUACACAAGAUGCCGCUGAGAACCUACAUUUUUCUCUUUCCCCAAUAAUUCCUGGGACAGGGUCUAUCAGUUGCCCUUUAUGGAUGCAGUCGGGCUUUCACAAGAAAAGUUCACCACAGAUGAGCGGAAACUCGGAUUCAACUUCUUCCCAGUCACCAUCUAGUUCCAGUGGAGAUGCUCAGAGUCGCACAGACAAAAUCGUUUUUAAACUCUUUGGGAAAGACCCAAAUGAUUUUCCUAUUACCUUGCGCACUCAGAUACUUGAUUGGUUAUCACAUAGUCCCAAUGACAUAGAGAGCUAUAUAAGGCCCGGGUGUAUCAUACUAACAAUCUAUCUUCGAUUGGGAAAGCCUCAGUGGGACGAGAUAUGCCAUGAUCUGGGAGAUAGUUUGAGUAAGCUUCUUGAUGCAUCUGCUGACUCUUUUUGGAGAACUGGAUGGAUUUAUGCUAGAGUCCGGAAUUGCGUAUCCUUUAUUUAUAAUGGUCAAGUUGUUUUAAACACACCCUUGCCUCUAAAGAGCAAUAAAAACUGCAGGAUUUUAAGCAUCAAACCUGUUGCAGUGACUUUAUCCGAGAGAACUCGCUUUGUAGUCCAGGGUUUCAAUAUUUCACGGCCUACCACCAGGUUACUAUGUGCACUAGAAGGGAAAUAUCUGGUGCAGGAAACUUCUCAUGACUUGGUGGAUGGUGCUGAUACAACCAAUGAACACAGGCUUCAAUGCUUGAGCUUUUUGUGCUCUAUACCAAACAUAACCGGGAGAGGCUUCAUUGAGGUUGAAGACCAUGGUUUCAACAGCAGCUUCUUUCCAUUUAUAGUUGCAGAGAAAGAAGUAUGUUUAGAGAUCUGUAUGCUGGAGGAAGCAAUUGAGGUACCUGAAACUGCUGAUGAUAGACACGAAAAUGCUGAGAGAAUAGAAGCUAAGAAUCGAGCAUUGGAUUUUGUACAUGAAAUGGGCUGGCUUCUACAUAGAACUGGCUUGAAAUCUAAACCGAGUCACAUGGAUCACAACUUAAACCUUUUCCCUCUCAAACGAUACACGUGGCUUAUAGAAUUCUCCAUGGAUCACGAUUGGUGUGCCGUUGUGAAGAAACUCCUAGCCAUUCUGUUUGAUGGAAAUGUAGAUGCAGGAGACUAUACAUCAAUCGAGCUUGCAUUGCUAGAUAUGUGUCUGCUUCAUCGAGCAGUACAGAGAAAUUGCAGAUCUAUGGUUGAGUUGCUAUUAAGAUACAUACCACAUAUAAAACAGGAUGUAGCAGGACCAGAACAAAAGCGACACAUUUUUAAACCUGAUGCGGUUGGGCCUGGCGGGUUGACUCCUCUUCAUGUUGCAGGCAGCAGAGACGGAUCAGAAAAUGUGUUGGACGCCUUGACAGAUGAUCCUGAAAUGGUGGGAAUCGAAGCGUGGAGUAGAGCUCGCGACAGUACAGGCUUGACACCCAACGAUUAUGCAUGCCUGAGAGGAUACUAUUCUUACAUCCAUAUGAUCCAGAAAAAGACGAAUAAGAAAUCAGAAAACGGGCAAGUGGUGCUUGAUAUCCCUAACACCCUACAAGAUUGCAACACCAAACAGAGAGAUGGGAUCAAAUCAUUGCAAAUCAGCAAGUUGGAAAUGAAGACGACGCAAUGCAGGCUAUGCGAACGGAAUUGGGGAUGUGGGCGAAAUAGAAGGUCUCUGGUGUACAGACCGGCAAUGCUGUCGAUGGUGGCCAUUGCUGCUGUCUGUGUUUGCGUGGCUCUGCUCUUUAAGAGUUCUCCUCAAGUUCUUUAUGUGUUCCAGCCCUUCAGAUGGGAGCUGUUGAAGUAUGGGUCAAGUUGAUAUUUUCGCAGAAAAGUUUAAUAAUAAGGCACGAGUAGCAAUCAAUCAACUUUAUGUUAGUGUAUAUGUAUGUAUUCAAAUACUAGUUUACAUGAUUCAUGUGCAAUGCAUGUAUCUUAAUCAUAUGAUAUAUUAAUUAA